GGAUUCGAACCUUGUAGCCAAAGUUGAGCUACUAACGCAAAUUCAUCUGAGCUGACAAAUUUAUUAUACAGAGGCGCAAGGUCGCCUAUUAUCAACACUGAUAUCGGCGUAGACCUGCUUAUAAUGGCUUAACAGAACUGAAAUUCUAAAAUAUGAAUUUGUUUUCUAAAUGCAAUUUGACUACGUUUUUAAGGGUAUCUCCUAAAUGCAGCACGUUCUUGACAUAUGAAUAUUAGAUCGGAUAUAGACGACUGCGCAUCCGAUGUUUUGCGGACACAAUGGGCGCCGUCAUUUUGACGUACAAACGUACGUCUUUGAUUGACUUUUAUGACGUUGACACAACUUCACAUAUUUCAUUUUGUGAUUAUACACACAAUGUGUGUGUAUAACCAAUGCUAUAAGUGUACAACUCUGUGGCCAUUUCACACUUCGCGCAGGUCGUCGCCCAAUCUACCUAUUCCAUGCACCUCUUAAAAAAAAUAAAAUGUCCGUGACUUAUUUUCAUAUAUCUAUGAGCACGUUAGGCCCUCGGUUUAUUUGGAAAAAUAUUUCUAGUAGUCCCCUCCAUCACCUACGUUUUCACUACACCCCGUAUAGUCAAGCCAUUUCAACUACUUUGUUGUGUACUGUCAAAACACAACACAUAACCUCAAAACCGCACUCCGUUGUAACCAAGUUGUAACUCUUUAUUCAUUGGUUGUAACUUUUGUGAAAUUGUGAAUUUAAUACAUAUCUUAUUACCACUUCCAUUACAUCCAAAUAGGCUCAAAGCCGGGAUUUCGUAAUUCUUCCUCUUUGCUUGAAGUUUAAUUAGGUUUAAUUUUGUUGAACAAUUUGUUGAUAUUUUUUAGUGGAAAUGACAAUCAUUGUAUUUUUAAUUGACACAUCUUCAUCAAUGCACCAAAAGACAUACGUCGGUGGUCGCACAACAUUACUUGAUGUUGCUAAAUCGGCAGUUGAAACAUUUGUUAAGAUUCGCCAACGAAGUCUCGAAAGUAGAAUAGAUCGCUACAUGCUCUUAACGUUUGAAGAGUCACCGAAUAAUAUAAAAGCCGGCUGGAAGGAAAAUUUGGCCACAUUCAUGAACGAAUUGAAAAAUUUACCUUGCUAUUCUAUGACAACGAUGGGACUCGCGGUUAAGCAGGCGUUUGAUAUUCUAAACAUCAAUCGAUUGACCUCCGGUAUUGAUACCUACGGACAAGGCCGUAGCCCAUUUUUUUUAGAGACUGCCGUCAUCGUUUUAAUAACUGAUGGGGGACCUUUAAGCACAACUUCGGGAGUUCACGAAGAUUUUACUUUACCAAUGACCAAUUCGUUGCCCGGGUCCGAAUUGACCAGAGAACCUUUUAGGUGGGAUCAAAGGUUAUUUGCGUUGGUCUUGCGUUUAACAGGUACUCCGGCAAUUGAAAGGGAUACUGGAUUAGUUCCAAGCGACAGUAGUUCAAUAGACGCAAUGUGCGAAGUGACAGGAGGACGUUCGUAUUCCAUUACUUCGCAUCGUAUGCUCAAUCAGUGCAUUGACAGCUUGGUGCAAAAAGUACAAAACGGAGUUGUAAUCAAUUUCGAAAAAAUAGGUCCCGAUCCGCCCCCACCGACUAAUAUAGAAAAAGGUGACGACAUAUUGUUGGUAAAGGAAGAAUUGACUACUAACGGCAGAGAGUGCGAUCCCACGAACGAUUUGUCCAAUAUGAAUUUGUUGCAAAUGCAAAGCUUAGGCGCGCAGAAUACCUCGUGGCAUAACUGUAGGCGUAUGAUUUACGUGCCGACGAGAACAAAUCAAAAAGGAUUCCCAACAGGUUACUGGCCCAUUCCGGAAUCGUUUUGGCCUGAGGUGACUGCAUCGGUUCUACCUCCGCGGAACGCCCAUCCGAAUGUCAAGUUUGCGUGCACAAGUUCUGAUCCUAUGGUUAUCGAAAAUUUACCAUUUGAUAAGUAUGAGUUAGAACCGUCCCCCUUAACACAGUACAUUUUAUCUCGGAAGCAACCCACUACUUGUUGGCAGGUUUUUGUUGCCAAUAGUUAUAAAAGUUCAGAAGUUGGCCACCCUUUCGGUUAUUUAAAAGCGAGUACAAAUCUAAACUGUGUUAACUUAUUUGUAAUGCCUUACAAUUAUCCAGUUUUGUUGCCGUUACUAGAUGAACUGCUUAAGAUUCAUAGAUGGAAACCGACGAACGAGUGGAGGACUCAGUUUCAAAAUUAUAUGCGCACACUUCCAGCCUAUUACGCGCUUCCUUUAAGGAGGGCUAUCACCAGGAUGGGGGCACCGGUUGCUCUGGCCCAAACACUGAUACCCGAAAGUGCUGAAAACUGUCUAAGCUAUUCGGUACAUUCCUAUUUGAAGCGUAUAAAAAAUCAGGCAAAAAGUGAAUAUGAUCGUAUAUGCGGUGAAAUUAUACAAAGACAAAUGACUAAUACUGUGAAAAAUACUUACAACACUCCCGAACAGAUACGCGUAAUUGCAAGGGUGAGCUUAAAAAAGGAGUUAGUGAGCCAUUCGUUGUUGGUUGACAAAUUCACUUCCCAACGCGAUCAAAUAAAUGACCAGGCCAGUUUUAUUACAACAAUCGACAAGGAAAGGCCAAAUGUUAGUUUCAAGAAUCCAUUUGAUAUUCCUAGAGAUCGACUCGUAGAACAUGUGGAUAGAAUGAGAAACAAUUUUGUACGAUCAGAUUGGGUAUCACUGGACCACGAUGCAGCACAUUCUCUACCUAUAUCUCAAAUGGGUAACUACCAGGAGUAUCUUAAAAAACAAACACCUCAACUUCGAGAAAUCGAAUCUGUGCCUGUCAGGCAACAUAUGUUCGGAAAUCCAUUUAAAAUUGAUAAGCGCAUGAUGGUUGACGAAGCUGAUAUAGAUUUAGUCGGUUCCGGUUCACCUGGCGCCACUCGAGCAAAUAAGCGUUCGGCGCCAUCUGUGGUCGACACCGUGGUUCGUCUACCAAAUAAGCGAAAAGCCGGGCCUCUUCCGAAAGAUCUAGUCGUUCGUAGACCGAGCGCAACGUCUCCCGUUUCCAGUCCUGGAGUUUCGCGAUCGUCAUCACCAUUACCUUGGAUCAGUGUUGCCGAAAAAGAACCUCCGAUCGUUGAGGAGAAGCCACCAGCUGUCACUGCAUUGGUUAACGGUGUUGAAAAUACCACGGAAAGGUCGCGUUCGCCAUCCCCGACGCUGGUAGAAGAAAAUUCCAUGUACGGAGGCGAUAUAAGCCAUCUAUACCUACGCCCGAACUUUGUCGGCUCAGGUGUUUACUCAUUACCAUCCAUUAACGACAAUCUAUUACUGAGUAUUCCAAACGAAAUUAGCUACAGUAUUAUCAGUAACGACGAAAAGAACCAAAUAUCACAAAUACUCAAAGAAGCCAAUGCUAUAAGUGGUUUGAAUGUAAACAGUUUUCAAGCGUCACAAGAAGUCAAACCGGUCAAGGUAAUAAGCGAAAAUAAACAAGACAUAGAAAAUCACAACAUUAAAAUUAGAAAAACUCUAAAUAAAUUGGUUCGAAAACCUGGGAAGAAUUUUUCUGAAUUAUUCGAUAACAUUAAGCUUUUGAAGGGGGAUACAGAAGUACAAGUGGCUCUUGUCAAACUCAUUGUUACCGAAUCCUUGCGCUUUAAAAGACAUCAGUUGGCUCACCUGUUGGAGGAACAUAUACAGAACUUAAGAAAUUUAGAUAAUAAAUAAAUGUUUAGUUAAUGUCGUGAAAGUUUUUAAUAAAAAAUUAUGUGCGAA